AUGGAAGAAGAACUACAAGAUAAGAUUGGCUAUCAUUUUCAGUCCCCUGAAAUCUUACGCGAGGCCUUGCAACCAGCAGGUACUGCGCCAUUGCAAGGUAACAAGCGUCUAGCACUUGUUGGUGAUUCUGCAUUGGUGCUCUCGAUCCUCGAUAAGUCUUAUCAGCACAAUGAAACUAUCAGGAAGCACUGCAAUCUUGAUCGAUACCUUCAGAAGCCUCCUGCUCAAAGAGGAGUAAUCACCCAAUACACGCGUGCAUCGGCGCUGGAGGCGAUUCUCGGUGCAGUGUGGUUUGACUCAAACAUGGAUAUCCAUGCAGUUGAUCGUGUACGCAAGAAACUUGGUCUCGACCCAUGA